UUGUAUAGAUCCAACAUUUCAUUUCCAUACCAGAAAGUGUUGAAAAACGAUGCCAUUUACUUCAAUAUGAUCAACGACGAAUAUUUUUUUGAGAUAACAGUCCCGAAUUUGGCAACCUGUUGUCGAAUAUGUUUGUCUAAUCAAACCAAGUGGAACAUUCAGGACGAUUAUCUGCAAUGCGCGGAUAUCAUUACGCUCGCCGAGGCAAUAAAAGCCAUCGCAAAUAUUACGAUUGAAACAAAUGAAAACAUGUCCAACAACCUCUGUGAGCUGUGUUUCUCCCGGUUGAACGAUGCGUACAGCUUUAUUUGCGAUAUUCGUAAAAACAAUGAGACCAUCUGGACAAGAUCCCUGGCCAUUGCCAGCACGUCUGUCGAAGAACAUACCAUCACGAAGCAAGUGGCCAAUCAACCCAAUACGGAUGAAGUGUUUGACGAAGCGUCGGAUCAACCCAUCCGGGACGAAGUGUCCGACAACGAUGGAUCCGUAUUUCUAACCGAACCCAUGAACGCAGUAGACCUUGUAGUGCAGGAAAUAGCUCCUGCCAAACGGAUGGCCGUAAAGCGCCGAAAGUUAAGUCGCCCUAAGAAAGAGCACCGGUGUAACAAGUGUGGAAAAAUAUUUACAAGAAAAUCAAAUCUCGACGAUCACGAACGAUUGCACGCCCAAAUGAAGCCCUAUCGGUGUGAAUAUUGCGACAAACGCUUCGUGCAGAACGGCAAUUUGCGUAUGCACCUUCGGAUACAUACAGCAGAAAAACCGUACCAAUGCCAACUGUGUAACCGAAGUUUCGCGCAAUCCAGUACGCUGAAAACGCACAUAAAAUCCCAUGCGGAUAUUAAAUCGUUUCUCUGCGGCACGUGCGACAAAUCGUUCAUAUCCAAGUCCGAUCUAGUAAAGCAUAAAUUAUCGCACUCGGAUAAAAAGGGUUUUAAGUGUGUCAUUUGCCAGACAAGGUAUUUUACCCAGAAAGUGCACUUGCGGUGUCAUCUGGAAAGGAUACAUAAGUUGUUCAACCACCAAUCGUUGCUUUUAGAUGGUACGUUGCGUGUUGCGCAACAAAUGGAAUAGAAAUGGUUUCAUCAAUAAAAAUAAACUUC